UCUCCUCUUCUGAAUACAACUACUCCUCUUCCUAAUAUUACUACUCCUCUUCCUACUGAUAUUACUCCUCUUCCUACUGAUACUACACCUCUUCCUAAUACUACUACUCCUCUUCAUACUGAUACUACUCCUCUUCCUAAUAAUACUGCUUCUCUUGAUAAUACUACUACUCCUCUUCCUACUGAUACUACACCUCUUCCUAAUACUACUACACCUCUUCCUACUGGUACUACUCCUCUUCCUAAUACUACUACUACUCCUCUUCUGAAUACAACUACUCCUGUUGCUAAUACUACUACUCCUCUUCCUUCUAUUACUACCACCACUCUUUCUACUACUACAACUCCUCUUCCUAUCACUACUAGUACUAGUAGUGCCUCUAGUACUCCUACUACUACCUCUGCUCCUAGUACCACCCCCAGUCCUCCCACUGCUCCCACCACGGCUGUGUUGUGUCUUAAUGGUGGGAUGUUGGUGGGCGGAGUCUGUGUGUGUCCUGAUGAAUGGACCGGAGCCACCUGCUCAGAGGAAAAUUUCUGCCGAGCCAAACAGCUAGAUGAAUUCACGUUCAAGCGUACACCCGCCGGCUGGUUCGCUUAUUCUGAGGAAGUCUGUCCAAAAGGAACGAGUGGCGCUGAUAAACCCCGCGCCGCGACCAGAUGUUCCUCCAAGAACGGCCCCCCGAGUUUCGAGUAUCCACCACAGGUCCUCAAGUGUGACCAGACGCUCAGUGACAUACAGCAAAACCUGACGGGCCCCGCUGAUUUGGAGACGCUGGCGAGCAGCACUCAGAUCCUGACCUCCAAACCUGAAGAGCUGACGACUGAAAAUGUGACAGCAGCAGCUCAGAUCGCCAACACACUGCUGCUGUCUGCCAACGCCACAGAGAGCGUCAGGGUGGCAGCGGUCGCUACAGUCAGCCAGCUGCUCAACACCAGCACGGCGGACGACGGCGAGGAAAACAGCGCCACUCUGGGGCUCACGGUGACCCUGGACGAGCUCGCCGUGAACCUCAGCCUCAAUCUCAACACGUCCCAGUCUCAGCUGGUUCAGCCAAACCUGGUGGUCCAGUCGGCACGGGUCCCUGCUGCGCACACUAAGGGGGUCCAGUUCACCGCCCUCUCAGGAGCGUCCGGCAGUUUCGUUGCCGACAGAAUUCGGCUGAACACCAACACGUCGACAGUCACGGUGGAAAACGGGUUCAUCGCCGACGCCGUGAUGUUCGUCCGUUUCCCGCCAGAGGAGGCCGUCAGCGCUCACGAGACGCCGUCAAACGUCUCGCUGGGUUUCGUCCUCUAUCAGAACGACCGCUUCUUCAGCUCGAGGCGCUACAGGCGGCGGCGGGCCACCAUCAGGGUCCUGUCGGCCUCCGUCAGAGGUCAGAGCCGCAGCGCGGCGCCGCAACAGCUGGAGAUGCUGUUCAGACCGACGGUGUUGGACGGGACGUCUCUGUUUGACUUCUCCUGUGUCUUCUGGGACUACAGUCUGGAGGACUGGAGCAGCGCCGGCUGCUGGAAAGGAAACGCGUCAGACGGACUCCUGCAGUGUUUCUGUAACCACACAACCAACUUCGCUGCUCUCUGGUCCUUCACUGAGAACUACGAGUACGCUGAAGCUCUGGAUGUCGUCUCUGUCGUUGGACUGUCUUUGUCCAUUCUGGGUUUGGUUGUUACGAUAAUUCAUCACCUUAAAGACACUUUUCAGAGGAAGUCCGGCGGGCGGCAGAGCUUCAAAAACUCGAAGCUGGCUCUGCUGAGCAUCUGCGUCAGCCUGCUGGCCUUCAUCAUCACCUUCCUCUCCGGGGUCACAAACCGCCGACAGCUCACCGCUCCCGCCGAGGUCGACCGUGAGACCAACGCCGUGCUGGACUCCGACCGGCACGUGGAGCCGGACCGAGGCUCGUGCACGGCGGUGGCGGCUCUGCUGCACUUCCUGCUGCUGGCGGCGUUCACGUGGACCUGCCUGUACGGCACGCAGCUGCUGAUGCUGGUCCGCACGCUGCAGCAGAACCUGCCGUCCUUCUGGACGCCGCUGAGCGUGGCGGUGGGAUGGGGAGUCCCGGCCGUCGUCAUGGCGACCACACUGGGAGCGACGUACAGCGGGGACGAUCCCCUGGGAUACCGACAGGAGGAAUUUUGUUGGCUCGCCGCGUUGGAUAAGAACAAACACUUUGAUUUUGGGAAGCCGAUGUUUUGGGGUUUCCUGCUUCCUCUCGCUAUGAUCCUGAUCUACAACGUGGUCCUGCUGGUCCUAGUCUCGCUGACCACCUGCAGGACUGACCCCGCCCUUACCAG